CCACCAACCAACCAACCACUAGCUAAAUUAAAUAUAACUAAAGAAAUAAUCAAAUGGGUUUUGGUUUGAGUUUGUGAGCUAAGGAUGGCGAGAGCUGGAGGUAUAACAAACGCAGUGAACGUGGGAAUUGCUGUUCAAGCUGAUUGGGAAAAUCGUGAGUUUAUUUCUCACAUUUCUCUCAACGUUCGUCGCCUUUUCGAAUUCCUCGUCCAAUUCGAAGCUACAACAAAGAGCAAAUUAGCGUCAUUAAAUGAGAAGCUUGACACGCUGGAGCGUCGAUUAGAACUGCUUGAAGUCCAAGUGGGUACUGCAUCAGCUAACCCCCAUCUUUUCACUACUUGAUGUCUCAAAUCAUGUGACUGUAGAAAAGCAACUUCAUGUGCACAUUGGAGCAAUAUAAUCACAAGGAAGAAUGGUUUAACCUCUGUACUUCCAACCUAAAAGGUUCCUUAUCGCUAGAUUGGUGUUGGCAGUAAUGUCAUCUAACAUUCUCUGUCCUCAAGCUCGCCUUCAGUACUUUCAACCUAAAAGGUUCCUUUUGUCCAUAUUAGUAUGGAUAUUAUGUAACCGGACCAACUCUGUCCUCAAGCUCACCCUAAAAUUUGCAAUCCAGCGUGUGUGAAAAUGAACAGAUGAUUUGUCCCAUAUCUGCUUCGAUUUUGCCAUGAUUAUUA